GGAUGGCUCGAACCAAGCAGACAGCGCGGAAGUCAACGGGAGGAAAGGCUCCACGCAAGCAGCUAGCCACGAAGGUGGCACGCAAGAGUGCACCGGCCACUGGCGGUGUGAAGAAGCCGCACCGCUACCACCCGGGCACGGUGGCGCUCCGCGAGAUCCGCCGCUACCAGAAGUCCACCGAGCUGCUGAUCCGCAAGCUGCCGUUCCAGCGCUUGGUGCGUGAGAUCGCCCAGGACUUCAAGACCGAUCUGCGCUUCCAGAGCUCGGCCGUGAUGGCUCUGCAGGAGGCCUGCGAGUCCUACCUCGUGGGGCUCUUCGAGGACACCAACCUGUGUGCCAUCCAUGCCAAGCGGGUGACCAUCAUGCCGAAGGACAUCCAGCUGGCUCGGCGCAUCCGUGGAGAGCGAGCUUAGACCCCACAGGUUCCUGAUCUUCGCACC